CCGCCUCGGCUGCCGGGUUUCCUGCGCUCGCCGCAAGCCCCGAGCCGGGCCCAUGGAGAGCCUGGCGCGGGGGCUGGUGCGGCUGGCCAAGGGCAGCGCCCGGCCCGAGCGCGCCGGGUUCCUGCAGAGCAUCACCGGGCACUUCUGUGCGUCCCACGAGGACGAGGCGAUGGUCAGCUGCGGCUUGGACCAAAACCAGUUUGUCAUUUCCGACAGCGAGUUCCCUGGCUCCACCCGGAUCCUUCUAAAGAGACCGUCCUUUUGUCCCAUCAAGCACCUGGAGGAGAGGCAGGCUGCCGCACUACCAGAGGCGCUCCGAGGCCGCGGGGUGGACGUGGGGGUGGCCGUCAUCCUGCAGUCCAUCGACAGGAGAGUCUUGCUCACGCGAAGGGCCAAGAAUCUCAGCAUCUUCCCCAACAUCUGGGUGCCCCCCGGUGGGCACAUGGAGCCGGACGAACAGUUGCUGGAGGCGGGCCUGCGGGAGCUGCAGGAGGAGACAGGUUUGCAGCUGGAGCCAGGCGCGUUCUCCUGGAGGAUGCUGGGCCUGUGGGAGUCCGUGUACCCGCCCAUGCUGAGCAGAGGGCUGCCAAGGCGGCACCAUGUUGUCGCGUACCUGUUGCUUCUUUCCACCGAGAGCCACCAGCAGCUGCAGACGAGGAUCAAGGCGGACGAGAGCGAGGUGAGCGCCUACGCCUGGCUGGAACUCCACGUUCUGGAGUGUAUCGCAGCGGUCGAGGACGGAGCAGAGAAUACGGGGCACGUGCCCAACAACCUCCCCCCAACCAUCAAAGCCACGGAGCUGAGUGAGGGCUUGGCCCGGCCCACGGAACUUCCUACCGUCACCUUCCUGAACACAGCACCUGCAGCGGGGGAAGAUGUGGAACGGGUCAGCACCGGGACCAGGUUUGCCCUUCGGCUCUGGCUAGACACCUUAGCCGUGCGAGACAAGUGAACAACGAAAUCCCAGGCCCCCGCCUCCCCGCAGGGCAGACAGCUGGGGAGUGCAGCAGCCAGCGAAGGUCGUCGGCUCUGUCACCACCUCCUGCCCUCGGACCUGGUUUUACCAAGCACGGCUACCAAGGCCUGCCAAGAACGAAGUUCCUUCCCACCGCUCUAAGCCCUAGCAGGAAGGGAAGACGGGGAGUGGGGUCACUCUCUGGCCCUCCCUCCUAUGAAGGAAGCGACGGACAGGAAGGGAAGGCAAGUCCUGAAUGGACUAGGUGGGAGUGCCAGCAUUAAGCCCAAACCCCGGCUGCCUAGGACAGGGGGGAGGCGUUCACUGUCUUGGAAGCCAGAGUGUAGAGAGACAUCAAAUAACAUUAGAAUAACCGCCCCUGCCCUAGCCAUCCAAGCGUCUUGCUUAGCCAAAGGGGGCACUGAAGAGACAGCGUGUGUCAGUGGUUUGAGCUCAGGACUGCAAGCUAGGAACUUCUGUUCCAAUUCCACCUUCCACGGACUACUUCAUGGUUCUGCCUCAGUUUCCCCUUGUGGAAAAUGGGACUAACGCACCCUUCUCUCCAGGUCCCAGCUGCUCAAAUCCAGCUUGAACAGAGGCUUCUGCUCCACCAGUAACUGACACCGGCACAGUGGGGGGCUGUUUUGAACUUUAUUAUCUAAAAGGUAGUUUGCAUAUAAUACAAAGUGUUGCAAAUAAUAAACAGCUGGAUAUUAAACGGACAGAAUAAAUAAACCAGAGAAAGUGGCUAGCUGCUUUUUAAA